AGACAAUCUGCAGCGUUAUAACCAUUUGUUCCGAGUUUGUCUUUCGGCCGUAACAGGGGUUCUCUUAGCCUGACACAUUCUUUGAUGAGUGAUCCUUGGGCGCUCGAUGCGCAGCCAGUGAUUGUUCUGGGAAGUGUUUGCCUCGGUCCCCGGUUCUGGGGUUCAAUCAUCCCCCCACAAGAUCUUGUUUCCUCCAGAGCAGUGACUUUCGCUGCGCAUGCACAACACCUCGGUCCAAUGUUAGGGUCAGCAGGACUGGAAUGGCUAUUUGAAUAUAUGUGCCAGUGAUACAUCCGUCGCAUUAUAUCUUUACCUUUCUAUAGUCUUCCUUCCGCUCACUCCUCUCUUGGUGCCUCUCCUGUUAUACACCGCGCUCCUGGUCCGCAGGCAUAACCCGUUGCCCCUAGUGAAUUGCGACCUUGUUCUAGAAGAUGGGCUUCGACACAGAACUUACUCGCCGGCUCGGCAUCAAGGUGCCCGUGGUGCAGGGUGGAAUGCAAUGGGUCGGAUAUGCUGAACUGGCAGCUGCAGUGUCAAAUGCAGGAGGAUUGGGCAUCCUCACUGCUCUCACCCAACCCACACCCGAGGACCUGCGUAAAGAGAUCCGAAGGUGCAGGGCCAUGACCAAAAACCCCUUCGGUGUCAACAUUACCCUCCUACCCACUUUGAACCCUCCGCCGUAUCUCGAAUAUACUCAAGUCGUCAUCGACGAGGGCAUCAAGGUUGUAGAGACUGCAGGCAACUCGCCUGGGCCUGUCAUCAAAAAGUUGAAAGAAGCCGGCAUCACGGUCUUGCACAAAUGCACCACCAUCCGACACGCCCAAUCUGCCGUCAAAUUGGGCGUCGACUUCCUUUCCAUUGAUGGAUUCGAGUGCGCCGGUCAUGUGGGGGAAUCAGACAUCACCAAUUUUAUUCUACUCUCCCGUGCGAGACAAACACUGAAGGUUCCUUUCAUCGCUUCGGGGGGGUUCGCGGAUGGCCAAGGGCUGGCAGCUGCUCUGGCUCUCGGUGCAGAAGGUAUCAACAUGGGCACCCGAUUCAUGUGCACUGUAGAAGCGCCGAUUCAUGCCAACAUCAAACAAGCAAUUGUCGACGCGUCAGAACACGACACCCAGCUGGUCAUGAGACGGUGGACCAAUACCUCGAGGCUGUACAAGAACAAGGUGGCCCAGCAGGCUUACGAGGUGGAGAGGACUAGCCCGACGGGUAAGUUCGAGGAGAUCGCACCAUUUGUGUCCGGUCAGCGUGGUCGGCAGGUUUUCAUCAACGGGGACAAAGACUUUGGAGUAUGGACUGCCGGCCAGGUUAUCGGUUUGAUCCACGACGUCCCGACAUGCGCGGACUUGCUUGAGAGAAUUGAGAGAGAGGCGGUCGAGUCUAUUGAAAGAUGCCGAAAACUGUAUAAACCUCAGAGCAAGCUAUGAUACAGCCACAGGGGGAUAUGUGGUUGGCGCAAUGGUGGAGGGAUGGCUGCUUUAGACUUAAAGCAUGGUUCUUACAAGAUACUAGAUAAGACAAUAUACCACCAUGAUCACAACGAA